AUGAGUGUACAACCUGGGACAGGACACGUGACCGGUUAUCCAUUGAACGGCAAGUGCGCUGCAUCUGUGUCGCACAAAACGGACACGGAUCCUUUUGUUAAAGAUCAACUAGGCACAUCGGAUCUGGAUCUUACCUGGGCCUCAGAUCAAGAUUAUGAUGAAUGCGUUUACUACCAUGAAGGAAGUGAUUUAUACGCCGAAGACGUCGAUGGUCAGAUGGCGAUACUGCCGGAAAUGCCUGUGACGACGGAAGAUACUCCAGAAGAAAUUGAUCGAUUUUGCCAAAGGAUCUGGAAGCUCCAACAUCUCUCGAUCGGCGAGGGAAAUGCCCUUCCGCCGACGGCUAGAGGUGUGGUGUGCGAUAUCGAUGUCGACGGAGCGAGACCUAUCGUCCUCAAGUGCCGUAAGUUGCGGAUCCAGUUCAGGGAGAAGCUGGCGGACUUGAUCAAGGGUCUAUUGUCCGCCAAGAUGAUCAGCUACUCUAGAGCACCAUGGGCUUCCCGGGUUGUGGUGAUCAUCAAGAAGAAUGGAGUGAAUAUCAGGCUAAGCAUUGAUUAUCGGUUGGUUAAUAUCCCAACGCAGCUGAUGGUAUACCCAAUGCCCUUGAUCAACGACCUACUCGAAGAUCUGGAGUCCACUUUGGUACUGUUCUUUGGAUAUGGCGAGUGUAUUUUGGGUAGUGAAAAUGACGGAUCGAGCUCGCUUGAACUCGGCCUUUUUGGGAACCGACUUAUCGAAGACUACACGACCUACGCGUCAGUUCUGUAUGAGUUACGAAAAACCGACUUCUCUGCGAUGAUGAAGGAAGCUACCCAAGCGUGGAUCGAACAAGUACUGGGAGAAGUGGAUGUAGAUCUAGGAUCGCGGGAAGAUCAGGGUGUCGACCACCGAAAGACAUUAGAUCGGGAGGCGCCCGAUUCUGCCGAGGUAGAUCCGCGCUGGAUCCAUGCCCAAAGGUCCCUCAAUGUGCUUAAAACUAGGAUCGCUACAACUCCGAUCUUACCGCACUUUGAUCCAGAUCUGAAGGCCACAGUUGUGGCGUAUGCUAGCGAUUGGGCCAUUUCGGGGUCAUUGAUGCAGGAAUACGACCAGAUCUAUUACGCUGUGAUGUUUGCAAGCCGUACUUAA